UAUCAACAUUCAGUACAUCCGCCACAGAUUUCGUCUUCAUCUACAUAUCAGUGACCAUGGCUGUCGAAAAAUUCGUGGCAAAGACGCUAGAGUUACUGGAAAUUGAAAGAGAUGCAGAAAUAGAGGAGACACGUGUGCUUCAUGAGAAUCUGCCUGCAAAGGAGUUACAGAGGCGAGGUGUUUGUCUUCUCAAGCUUAGAAUUGCAGAACGACGAACUGGGCUGUAUGGUCGAUCUAUUGUGACCUUUGAGCCUCAUGUGUCAGGCCAGGAGUUGCCAUCACAUACUCUGUCCCCAGGAGAUAUUGUAAGUCUCUCCCUUACAAGCUGUGAGAAAGGGGAGGUAAUAGCCUCCGGGAUAAUAUCCAAAGUCUGGCAGGCUGCUCUUAGUGUAGCCUUUGACGAGACGAUGGACACUUUUUCAUUGGCUGAUGAAGAGAAAUACAAAUUGGUCAAACUAGCAAAUAACAUCACGUACAAGAGACUGAAAAGGGCCCUGAAUGAACUGAACAGGUAUUGCUCUGGCCCAGCCAAUCACCUGGUGAACGUGUUAUUCGAGCUGUCCGACCGAGCUCCGCCUUCUGACCCUCCAGAUGUGCAUGUUGUAGAUAUUACCUUCUGCAACCCAUGCCUGGACACUUCGCAGAGAGAUGCUGUCAGUUUUGCGCUCUGUCAGAAGGACAUUGCUGUCAUUCAUGGUCCCCCAGGGACGGGGAAAACCACCACUGUGGUGGAAGUUAUUGUCCAGGCAAUCAGACAAGGCCUUAAGGUCCUGGCAUGUGCUCCCUCAAACAUUGCUGUGGACAACUUGGUGGAGAGACUGGCCAAUCAGAAGCUGAAGAUUCUGCGCAUCGGCCACCCAGCCCGAUUCUUGCCUCACAUCCACAAGUUUUCGCUGGAUGCAAUUCUCGCAACGAGUGAUGAGACAAAAGUGGUGGAGGAUGUGCGUAAAGAUGUGGACAAAACAUUGAUGCAGAUGAAGAAAGUCCGAGACAAAGGUGAGAGACAUCACCUGAGAGAAGAGCUAAAGCACCUACGGAAGGAGUUACGACAACGAGAGGCUGCGGCCACCAGGGAUGUGUUGAAAGCUGCUGAUGUGGUGCUGGUGACGCUGACGAGCUGCACAGAUGAUGGUCCACUCAAAUACCUGCCUGAAGGCCACUUUGAUCUCACAGUGAUUGAUGAAUGUUCACAGGCUCUAGAAGCAGCUUGUUGGCUUUCCCUGUUACGAUCGCCACGAUGUGUGUUGGCUGGGGAUCACCUCCAGUUACCUCCCACUAUCCUGUCCAGCAAAGCUGCUAAAGCUGGCCUGGAGAGAACAUUGAUGGAGCGAGUGUUGGAGGUGUAUGGUGACGGAGUGAUGAAGAUGCUCACUGUACAGUAUAGGAUGCACGAAUUAAUAAUGAACUGGUCGUCCAAUCAGCUGUAUGGAGGUCAGCUGACAGCACACGAGUCUGUCUGCUCUCAUCUGUUGAGGGAUUUGGAUAAUGUAGAAGACAGUGAAGACACCAGAAUUCCUCUGUUACUGAUAGACACAGCUGGAUGUGAUUUAUAUGAGCUAGAUCUCCCGGAGGAAAUAUCUAAAGGGAAUGAAGGUGAAGCAGAUAUUGUCAGUUGUCAUAUAGAACGGCUUGUGGCUAGUGGGGUGAAGCCUAGAGACAUUGCUGUGAUUGCUCCUUACAACUUACAGGUGGAACUGUUAAGGAUACGACUAAGUACAAAAUACCCAGACCUAGAGAUAAAGUCAGUGGAUGGUUUCCAGGGCAGAGAAAAGACUGCUGUCAUCAUCUCUAUGGUCCGUUCUAACAACACAGGUGAGGUGGGAUUUCUUGCUGAGAGGAGACGAAUCAAUGUGGCGAUUACUCGCGCUCAGCGCCACCUGGCUGUGGUCUGCGACACAGAAACAGUCAACCAUGAUGAAUUUCUGAAGUCCUUGACGGAGUACAUGUGUGAAUUUGGGGAAGUGCGAUCAGCCCAAGAGUACGAUACGGAAAAUGCUCCCAUCCAGCGACCUGAUCAUGUGACUGAACUGUUCACCAAGAGAAAUGUCCAGACUGUGAAGGCUAACAGGGGAGGCAACUCUAGGACUGGCAAACCCCAGCAGAAGAGGAUUGAGGGUAGUAAGGAUGUGACAAAACGUUAUGGAAAGCAGCAAGAGACUGAGAAAAAGCCAGAUAUCCCUAUAGAAGAGGACCCACGCUAUGCUGAGCUACACCAGACCAUCACAGACUUUCAGCAAGAGUCUACAAAGCAAGAGCAUGUUUUCCCUGUGACCCUAACAUCAAGAGAUCGCUUUAUUAUUCAUGAGAUUGCAGAGAAACUUGGUUUGUCUCACAGUAGUCAAGGUGAAGGAAAUGAGAGGCAGAUUGCUAUUAGGAAAAACACACAAAAACAGCAGAAACCAAAGCUGAAACCUAAUGUGAAGGGAAACUUGCCAGAGUCCAAUUCACAUGGUAUUCUUGAACUGUCAGUGACAUCAGAUAGCCCUCUUGUGGAAGAUUGGGCAGUGGAAUUAGAAGACAAGACAGAAACUGUCAAACCUUUAGGUAAGACAGAUGCUUUUUCUGACAGUCAAGGCAACCUGUUAAACUGUCAGUACUGCGGGAAAAACGUAAUCAGGGCUAAUUUGGUGUCACAUGAGGCUCACUGUCAACGAGUAGCUAAACCAGUACCCCUCAAAAAGCCGAACUCUGCGAAACCGAAAUCUGCAGUGAAGAAAAAGAAUAACUCCUCGAAGUCGGCCAUUGAUCAGGUAGACCCUGAUGACUUUGAGGCACUUCUCGCCGCGGCUACGGAACAGAACUCCAAAUGCACCUUCAGGAAGUGUAAAAGUCUAACGACAACUUUAGGACAGACGUGCGAGUUCUGCCUGCAGAGGUUCUGCCUAAACCAUCACAUGCCUGAGGUGCAUGGGUGUGGGAAUGAAGCCAAAUCUAAGGCCAGGCACGUGAUCAUCAAGGAAGGCAUCCUUCACCGAGGCUCAGGGUUUAAGGAGACAAAGUUAGACCCUGAAAAGAAAGCUCAGCUUCAGAGGAAGCUAGACAAGAAACUUGGUGACAUGAGUGAAAACAGACGUGCCAAGAAACCACAGAAAAAUAAAGAUUGA